GAUAACCCGAGACCUGCGCCCAACCGCAUCCAUCCUCCCCAACCUCGGGUCAAGCCAAUCACUUCCAAUGUGCAAGCCACGGUUGAUCCCGUCGUCGGUCCUCCGCCAUAUAAAACCUCGCCCGGCGGCCCCCUCCCCUCGCUUCACACCUCUUUCGACCACCCCAGCCCCAGCUAGCACCACUCAAAUCCGCCCGCUCGCAUCCUGGUGGUCCUCCAAAAUGCCGCCCUCCGACGUCGCCAAGCACCUGCAAGCCGACCACGACCACAUCUUCGAAAACAACCGCAAAUGGGCCGCCGAGCAGAAGGUCAAGAACCCGGCCUUCUUCGACAAGCUGUCGUCCGGCCAGGAGCCCGACUACCUCUGGAUCGGAUGCAGCGACUCGCGGGUCCCCGCUGAGCAGAUCACGGGUCUGGGGCCCGGCGAGUGCUUCAUCCACCGCAACAUCGCGAACAUGGUCCCCAAUACCGACCUCAAUGUCAUGAGCGUAGUCAACUAUGCGGUUAACCACCUGCACGUCAAGCACAUUAUCGUGUGCGGGCAUUAUGGGUGUGGUGGCGUAAAGGCCGCGUUGACCCCGCAGGAUCUGGGGAUCUUGAACCCGUGGCUCAGGAAUAUCCGCGAUGUGUACCGGCUGUAUGAGACGGAAUUGGAUGCAAUUGAGGAUGCGGAGAAGAGGUGCGAUCGCGUUGUGGAGCUGAAUGUGCAUGAGCAAUGCCGCAACAUCAUCAAGACAGCGGCGGUUCAGCAGAGUUAUGCGCAGAACCAGUAUCCCAUUGUGCAUGGGUGGGUGUUUGAUAUGAAGGAUGGAUUGCUGAAAGAUUUGAACAUCGAUUUCGUGAAGGUGUUGGGUCAGAUUCAGAAGAUCUACAAUCUGACUGGGUAGACCGGAGUGGGUUACUGCGAGGUGUUGGGAUGGUGGGGUUUACAUGCAUGGUGUUUGGUCACGGUUUAGAAUGGAGGCCCAGAUUCGAUAUAUCAAGAGGCACUAUAGUAGGAAGACAGAGCAAUUUGGUUGGAUACUAUCUUGAUAGUACCCAGAAUUAAAGUACACGUAUCGCCGAUACCCUUGUUCGCCUC